GUAACGAUGGAACUUGCGACCUUAGAGUUAGAGUUUAUGAAUUUAUCAGUUGCUUUUGGGAAACACAUUCCAGGUCGAUUCAGUCCAGUUCAGAUCGCUUUGUAUGCAGUUCAAUUCUUCGAAAAGAACCGACUCAUUCGAACGAUUCAUUCACGAAUCGGGCAUCGCUGCAGCUCGCUUCCUGCCACAAAGUGAUCCCGCUUUGCAGCGCAACACUAAGCAGAAUUUCACAUUAAAGUUGCAAACUUUUGUACAAGGAUUGGAAACCUCUACAUUAAAACAAGCGUAUGCACGAUUACGCCCGUUUCUGUGAGGAAAACACAGUGUUGAUGGAUACAAGCCGACCUGCUGUGGGAAAGGCUCAAGGACUCGUCAAAAGAUGUGCCCCAGCAGAACACUGAGGUGGAAGAGUCUUGGGACGAGCCCAGCCAGGAAGAGGAGACUCUCUAUUGCACCUCCCCUCCCCGCAAUUCUCGGCAGAUAAAACGCAUGUCCAACAAACACCAGAGAAGCAGCCAGGGGUCAAAGGGCAAAGAGAAGCCGUGUUCCUCCAGCCCGUUGUCUCAACGAGAACGUGAGGGAGCCAGGUCAGCCGAACCUCCUGAAGAGCAGCACAGCUACAAGCAAGAAAAGAAGCAGCGAUUCAACCAGCGCUCCAACGAGCGGGACAGCAAGAAGAAGUUCGAGGGCUCCUUCAUGCUGGAUCCGGUGUCCAAGACCAGUGCCAUCGGCUCCAGAAACAUGGAUCCCCGCAAGCCCUAUCUGAGCCUGGGCAUGUUGCCCGUUCGCACCCACCGGCAGACCUCGCGCACAGACUGUCCUGCAGACCGCCUUAAAUUCUUUGAGACUCUGCGGCUGCUGCUUAAGCUUACCUCCAUGUCAUCCAAGAAGAAAGAGAAGGAGCAGCGAGGCCUGGAGAACACGGCCAUUAUGGGCCAGAACAAUGAGGUCAUCUGGUUGGAGUUGCAGGCCUGGCAUGCCUGCCGCAGUGUCGCGGAGCAGGACCUGUACCUGUACACUGCCCGCCAAGACAUACCUGAAAUCAUCAACGAGGUUCUGCACUUCAAAGUGGACUAUAGCAGCUUAGCUGGGCUUGGAGGCAACGUCUUAGUCGAGGAGAGCAACUUCUGUCCUGGCGGAACCAAUCGCAGGAUUGAUCCAUUUGGCUUUAGCAAGUACUCCACGUCCUGGGAUGAAAUCGAUACCGCUGCUCCAUUUUCCUCAGCGCUGGAGUGCCAGGAGCACCUGCAAAGGCAGCGAGUAGCUUUCGAUCAGGUCAAGCGGGUCAUGUCGCUGUUAGAGUCAGUGGAGGCUCUGUACCCGUCUCUGCAAACCUUGCAGAAGGACUAUGAAAAGUAUGCGGCUCGAGACUUCCAGGGCAGGGUGCAGGCGCUCUGCUUGUGGCUCAACAUCACUCAGGACCUGAACCAGAAGCUGCGUGUGAUGGGCACCGUGCUGGGCCUCAGGGACCUUUCCCGCAUCGGCUGGCCCAUCUUCGAGAUCCCCUCGCCUCGGUGCUCCCGCGGCAAUGAGGACGAUGAGGUGGACGAGGAUGAAACCGAGUCCACUGCUACCUUCACUGCCGACAAUGACGGGGACGAAAGGACCUUGAGUGAGGCGACCAGCGACGGGGAGCACUCGCCUUGCUCCACGCCAAAGUUUUCACGCCUCCUGUCAGAGGAGGAGUUCCUCCCGCGGGACAACGAGACCUGCUACUGUCCCACUGCCAUUUACAGGCCCUUUGUGGAUAAGGCACUUAAGCAGAUGGGACUGCGUAAACUGAUCCUCAGACUGCACAAGCUGAUGGACCGCUCGCUGCAGAGGUCCAGAACUGCUCUGUUGAGUCACAUGCCCACUCAAGAGUUGUCAGCGGUCCCGGGUUAUUCUUUGCAGCACUGUGACUACCUUCCAGAGCUAUCUCGUCACGUGUCCGGUCAGGUGGAGGAGGAGGCGGAGUCGGGACGAGUAUCGUGGAAGGAUCUAGUGGAUAUGAACCUACCCUCAUUCCGGCCAGCCUUCUUGGUGCUUUGCCGUGUGCUGCUAAAUGUUAUUCACGAGUGCCUCAAACUGCGCCUUGAGCAAAGGCCUGCAGGGGAACCGUCCCUCCUCAGCAUCAAGCAGUUGGUGCGUGAGUGUAAAGAGGUUCUUAAAGGAGGUCUCCUGAUGAAACAGUACUACCAGUUUAUGCUGCAGGAUGUCGUCACUGACCCCCAGGGUCUGCAGACUAACGCCAACAUCGACGAGUUUGAGGAGGAUCUGCACAAAAUGCUACAGGUGUACUUCGACUACAUGCGCAGCUGGAUCCAGAUGUUACAGCAGCUGCCUCAAGCCUCCCACAGCCUGAAGAACCUGCUGGAGGAGGAGUGGAAUUUCACCAAAGUCAUCACUCCAUACAUCCGGGGUGGAGAAGCCCAGUCUGGGAAACUCUUUUGUGAUAUUGCUGGCAUGCUGCUAAAAUCCACUGGAGACUUUCUGGAUGCGGGCCUUCAGAAGAGUGGCAAUGAGUUCUGGGAGUGUGCGGAUGACAGCACUGCCUCCGAUGAAAUCAGACGUUCGGUGAUCGAGACGAGUCGCUCGCUCAAAGAGCUCUUCCAUGAAGCCAGGGAGAGAGCAUCUAAAGCAUUAGGCUUUGCCAAGAUGCUGCGCAAGGAUCUCGAGAUUGCUGCAGAAUUCAGGUUAACCAGUGGAGUUCCCUCUCUCCUCCAAGCACUGGAGGCCAGGAAUUAUGUCAAAGUCCAAAUCCCAGGACUGGAGGAUCUCCAGGUGUUCGUCCCCUGUGAUCUGAUGGAGCAGCGGCUAGUCAUCUUACAGCUGUUGAAUGCAGCAGCUGGAAAGGACUGCUCGAAAGAGCCAGACGAGAUCCCAGAAGAUGAGGCCUAUCUGCUCAUUAGCAAACAUGCCAGCACCGAUGGUGACUGGACUGAGUGGGACGGCACUGUGCUCAAAUUAGUACCUCAGAUGGAGACUGUGGACACAUUACGGGCCAUGAAGUUGGACAAUCUGUUGCUGGUUGUGAUGCAGUCGGCCCACCUGGGGAUACAACGUAAAGCCUUCCAGCAGUCCAUGGAAGAACUUCUCACCCUCAGCCGAGAGCAGACAUCCAGCCAACCGCUUAUCGUCUCCGCCCUGGAACAGCUCAAGAAUGAGGCUCUCCAGCUGUGCAUCAAGAUCAACACCGCGAUCGACCGUGUGGAUUACAUGUUCACAUCAGAGUUUGAGGCUGAGGUGGAGGAGACGGAGAAAGCCACACUGCAGCAGUAUUACAGAGAGGCCAUGAUCCAGGGCUACAACUUUGCUUUUGAGUAUCAUAAAGAGGUUGUGCGGCUGAUGUCUGGAGAGUUCAGGCGGCGGAUAGGGGAGCGUUACAUUGCUUUUGCCCGCAAGUGGAUGAACUUUGUCCUCACAAAGUGUGAAAGCGGAAGAGGCACUCGUCCAAGGUGGGCGACGCAAGGCUUUGAUUUUCUUCAAGCGAUCGAGGCUGCGUUUAUAUCAGCUUUGCCAGAAGAUGACUUUCUGAGUUUGCAAGCUCUGAUGAAUGAAUGUAUAGGGCAUGUUAUCGGUAAACCACACAGUCCAGUCAGUAGUAUGUACUUUGGCCCACGAAACAGCCCUCGACCUGUCAAAGUUCCCCGUUGCCACAGCGAUCCUCCAAACCCAUACCUCUUUAUCCCUUCAUCUCAUUCUGAUUCCUUCAGCUCUCGGAGUCUCCCGUGUGAUCUACGUCCCCAGUUGUGUCCCCCAGGUCCCCGUCCCGCCCCUCCAUUACCCCCAGGGGAACACGGCCAUGCCACCAAAUCCAAAUCCGGUGGCGUCCCCAAUGACACCAGGGUCUCUAGUGUACAUGAGAACGACCGUCUCUCAUCUGUGGCGGCGGAGCUACAGUUUAAAUCCCUCAGUCGCCACUCCAGCCCGACAGAGGACAGGGAAGAGCCCUCGUAUCCUAAAGCAGACCCCAGCAGUACAGCCCGUCGCAGCUGGGAGCUCCGCAACUUCAUCAGCCAGUCAAAAGACACUGCAGCACGUCAGAGCCCUAUGGAGGCUGUGCGGCGCUCCGUACGCAUCUUUGACGACAAGCACUAUGCGUUCAUGAGACGGCGAAACAUCAUCGGACAGGUGUGCAACACCCCCAAAUCCUACGACAACGUCAUGCACGUGGGUCUGCGCAAGGUCACAUUCAAAUGGCAGAGAGGCAACAAAAUAGGCGAAGGGCAGUAUGGAAAGGUUUACACAUGCAUCAAUGUGGACACUGGAGAACUGAUGGCCAUGAAGGAGAUUCGCUUUCAGCCUAAUGACCACAAAACUAUAAAGGAAACGGCAGAUGAGCUGAAGAUCUUUGAAGGAAUCAAACAUCCCAACCUUGUCCGCUACUUUGGUGUUGAGUUGCACCGGGAAGAGAUGUAUAUCUUUAUGGAGUACUGUGAUGAAGGGACCCUGGAGGAAGUGUCCAGACUGGGUCUGCAGGAGCACGUCAUCCGCCUCUACAGCAAGCAGAUCACGACAGCAAUCAACGUGCUCCAUGAACACGGCAUUGUACACCGUGACAUUAAAGGAGCCAAUAUCUUCCUCACGUCGUCGGGCUUGAUAAAGCUAGGGGACUUCGGCUGCUCGGUGAAGCUGAAGAACAAUGCUCAGACGAUGCCUGGAGAGGUGAACAGCACACUGGGAACAGCAGCAUACAUGGCUCCUGAGGUCAUCACAAGAGCAAAAGGUGAAGGUCAUGGCCGUGCUGCUGAUAUCUGGAGCCUGGGUUGUGUUCUUAUAGAGAUGGUCACUGGAAAGAGACCGUGGCACGAAUAUGAGCAUAACUUCCAGAUCAUGUAUAAAGUGGGAAUGGGCCACAAACCACCCAUUCCUGAAAAGCUGAGCACUGAGGGAAAGGACUUCCUGGACCACUGCCUGGAGAGUGAACCGAAGCAGCGCUGGACCGCUAGCGCCCUUUUGGACCACCCCUUUGUCAAGGUCUGCACAGAUGAAGAGUGACGGGGAAAGACGUGUAUUCUCUUAAUGUUUACAUAAAUGCUAGCACUACUUCACACGGCAUGAGGGAGGAAGAAGGAAAAACAGACGUGCUCUGCUUGAUACGAACCCCUUGCAACAUUAAAAGCGGGGCAAGUCUUACAUGUUCAGUAGCAUGGGAUGAAAUGUGUGAGUGCGUUAUGUACAUACUGUAAGAAUAGGGUUAGGGUUUUUCUUUGUACAAAGCAUAUUGUAAAGCUGAAAUUUAACAGCCACUUUGUUGGUGAUUGAGUCACAGGGAAUACAUGUUAGGAGACUUUAAUUCAAGGGACGCUCUCCGCACAAAGCAUCAGAGAAUGGGAGAUGGAGGGAGUUUGGCAUAGACUGACUGUAUGUACAAUUUCAAUGAGUGUUCACUGAAGAAAACAUACAAACCUGGGGCUGAAAGUCACAGUAGAGAAGGUUUUAAUUUUCUUUUUUUUGUUAAAAUGGUAGUUUUGUUUGCCUUGCUGCAGAGCCCACUGUUAACAAGUCAUAUUUAAGCCUAUAAGUAGUUGUGCUGAGUUGGCUCUGCCUUGUGCUGGCCAAUGGCGUGCCUUUACCAUCUGGGUGUACAAGAGCAUAAUCAACCAAUGAGAGGGAAGAGGCCAGUCUGACUCCGCCUUUCUGCUGCUGCACUCAAACGGGUGGACAAACAUGCUCUUACACAAGCAACAACUGCUGGUUCUCUGCUCCUCCAACAGUGUUUGCAAUAUUUAAAAAAAAAAUAUUAAUAAACAGACCGUUUUUUAAAA